AUGGCCUGCUCGACGACACACUUCAGGAAGACUCCACUCUUGCAGCAUGCGAUUCUGCCGAUAUCUAACAUCAGCAAGGCAGAGGUUCUAGCCAUGGUGAUGACUUUUGUGACGUCCGAGAACCUGACGUGGAGCGGCUUAGAUAAGCUGCUCGUAAUGAUCAACCGUAUAUGCGGAAUGGAGGUGCUGCCCCGAACGAAGUACCUGUUCCGGAAGCUGUUGGCCUCUAAACUGAAGCGUUCAACAGACUACUACUACUGUGAGUUUUGCGCAGGCUUCCUUCCGACACCGGAGGAUGGUACUUCCACGAUUAUCUGCACAACGUGCCAGAAGUGUACCACAAUCUCGGAGCUUCGCAGUAAAGGGAACUUCUUUACAAUCCUCGACGUGUCGGAUCAAGUGCGUCAAGUCGUCAGCAAGACGUCAGAUGAGCUGUACAGAAACUUGGAGAGGCUGAACAGCAAUCCCGAAGACACGAUGUCGGACAUAACCGAUGGGAGUGUUUACAAAAAAAUGAAAGCCAGUGGAGCAUUGCAGUGGGGAGACUUGACAAUGACGUUCAAUACAGAUGGAAGCCCUAUUUUCAAGUCUUCAAAGGCCUCUGUCUGGCCACUGCAGUUUGUCAUCAACGAAGUGCCUGCUCCGGACCGUUUCUCAGCCAGUGGUGUCGCUGGCAUCUGGUUCGGAGCGAAGCACCCGGACAUGUCUCUUUUUGUGGGCAAGUUCGUGGAGCAUCUGUCAAGCAUGGAUCCCAUCAUUUGGCAAGCAGAAUCACAAAUGGUGUCAUCCAAAGUUUAUGCUGUCUGUUGUUGCCUCGAUGCUCCAGCUCGUGCCGCAGUACAAAAUCAAGUGCAGUUCAACGGGUACUUCGGUUGCCCAUGGUGCAUGGUUGCUGGGGAACACUUGGAAGGUGCCAUGCGGUUUCCAGAGGCACAUCAAAUCGAAGAACGCACCCACGAGCUUGUGCUGCGGGACAUGAAGUAUGCGGUCACCUAUGAAACAACGGUGAACGGCUUCAAGGGACCCUCUCCAUUGAUUAAUCUGGAGAACUACGACAUGGUGUCCGGCCAGGCAUGCGAAUAUAUGCACUCGGUUCUUCUGGGCGUGACCAAGCAGCUGACGGAGCACUUGCUGGAUUCCUCCAACUCUGCCGAAAGGUUUUACAUUGGAAGUCCCCAGUCUCUGGAAUCUGCAAACAAGCUCCUGAUGUCCAUCCGGCCACCUCACUGCAUCACUCGCCUGCCACGCUCUCUCUGUGAGCGGAGCUAUUGGAAAGCCAAUGAGUGGCGGAACUGGCUGCUCUACUACAGUGUGCCUUGUCUGGAGAACCUGCUACCUCACCGCUACUGGAAGCAUUGGUGCCUGCUUGCGGAGGCGAUAUGGAUACUGCUGUCGACAAGGAUAUCGCAAGAAAUGAUCAGCCAUGCCGAAUCACUCCUCAAGAGGUUCGUGGACCAGGUGCUACGACUGUAUAACGCGAAAAUGAUGACAUUCAACAUGCAUCAGCUCCUGCAUCUGGCAAAGUCAGUGCGUGACCUGGGACCACUGUGGGCACACUCUGCGUUUGUUUUUGAGACGGGAAACGGAAAGCUUGUGAAAUGUGUGACAGCUGCAAAGGGCGUACCCCUGCAGAUUUUGGAGCGUGUGUGCAUGGCACAAGAAGUAGAGUUGUUGCCCAUAACAUUAAACAUUUCAUCGCCUGUGAAAGCUGUAUGCGACAAGAUGCUUAAGCAUCGGCUUGUCCAGACGGCAUGUGAGGUGGACGGUGUAACUCUGCUGGGUCAGGCAAGAAAUGUUACCAACCUUUCAGCCAGUGAACAAGAAGCUCUCCUUCAAGCUGGGUACCCUCAGACAGUCUCAGUAGGAGAGUACUUCCGGUUUGUUUUUGAGGGCAACAUCAUCACAAGCAGGCAGUACACCCGUGAAAAAAAGAGUAACAGUACUGUAAUUAUGGGGUCAGACUCUUUGUUUUAUGUAAUUAAUAGAAUCGUAGAGCUUUCUGCUCCAUCGAAGCCAUGCCUUCUCCUUUGUAAAGAAAUAGUGACCGUUGACGGUGAUUAUCCAGCUCACAUGCAAGAGUGUUUUAUCUCUCCAAGCAAUAUCGUUCAAGCACUUCCUCUAUCUCUGAUAUCCUCUGUGUGUGUGUUUGUAGAUAUUGGUAACAAGGCUUUUGUUUGUAAACUCCCAAACAGAAUUGAAAGGGAUUGAGAUGACAUGAGUUCAUGUUUUCUGCUCAAAUGAGGAGUGUCAUGUGCAUGUGUUUUUAGUGCACAGGAAUGAUGUCCUUGAGUCGCACCCGGCUGCUUAAAAUGACUAUACACCUCUGGUAAUGUGGUUGAAGUCUAGCGGCCUUUAUUAUAGGCAGUUUUCAAAGGAUAUUUCACAAUUCUCCUAAGAAAAGUUAAAUUGAAAACGACUGGGUGCGGCUGGAAGAUGGCAGUCCCGUCUGUCAAAACUUGGAUGCGCGCACUGGAAUACGGAGUCACGUGUUCAUCUGGACUAUACCUUUACACUCUUCAAUAGUUGUACCCUUUCCAUUUGAGUGAAUGAUUAAAGGCCAGUAGAGUUUUCUCUGGGUACUGCCAACACCUGCUGUAGUCAGUGACACGUUAAAAGUGAAGUGGAAACUCCGCGUCCAGCACACACUCGUUACUUUUUGCCAUGCUUGGGCUGCGCGGGCACGCUUGUGCUAUCAAGGCUACCUUGCGUUGGAGGCACAGCUUCCACUUUACUCUUAAAGGCCGAUGUACGACCUCAAUCUUCUACAGGGAAGAUAAUCUUCUUGGCUUCCUCCUCUCCCAAACUGUGAGGGGAUCCAUGCUGCAUGAAGGUGAAAAGGGGAGGGAUACUUGGGAGAAUAGAAAGUGCAAAAAAAAUGGAAUAUACAAAGCGUAUAUCGGUCUUUAAUCUGUCGCUGACUACAGUAACAGGGCCUUAGUGCUGAAUAUGCCUGAAAAACAAGUUGAGAAAUUGGUGGUCUCCUUAGUUAGCUAUGUUAUUUUUCUUAUGUGUUUAUUUUAUUUUGUUUAGUAAGUGACCAUAUUUGCUCAUGGUCCAGGCUCACCAAGAUGUUUUGUCACUUAUCACAGAUAUGCUUGCUGUAUGUAAUUUCAUGAGAUUUGUUUUGUAAAUAACCUGAAUUAGUUACUUUUUUUUUCGUCACUUAUGACAGGCAUAGUUUCAAUGUCUAACUAAACUUGUUUUGAACAUGAUGUGAGAUAUUUUGUUCUUUUGCAGCUCAGGCUCACCCAUUUAUUUUCUGUUUGUUUUGCCACCUGUAAUAAAAUAUAUGUGACUUGGUCA